AACAAUAAAAAAAGAAAAAAUGGUACCUGGACACCCGAAGAUUUCAAAACUCCAAUUCCUAAACCAUUUGAAAACUGGGAUAUAAACACAACAAAACCAGUCCCUUAUCGUGCCUUUAAACACAACUAUUUCGUAACAAUGGGAAUUAGAUCCAUGGAUUGGGAAAAUUGGAUUGAACUAGACAAUGAAUGGUUAAAAUUUCAUAAUAGAAAACUAGAAAGAUUAGAAGAAAAAGGCACUGAACUAUAUGGCACUCUACCUGUUGCAAUGGAAGCUGGUUAUGAAUUCUUGGAAGAAUUGACUGUUUAUUUAAGUCAUAGAUAUCCAUCUUUAUUCUCAUAUAACUCUAACACUGGUAUCUUGGAUAAUUUAGUGACAAAAGAAUCCUUCAACAUCCUUGAAAGACCCUUGAAGGAGGACCCAAUGCUAAUAGCUGCAAAAUUAACUCAAGAUGACCUUGCUAUAAUGAUUGAAGAAGAAGAUGGUUUAUAUUAUCUUAAAGGUGGAGCUGUGUUACUACCUGGAUUUUGGAGAUUAAAGGAUAAAAUCAACUUACCACUAUACGCCAUUCACACUACUGGCGAUGUUCCCAAGUAUAAUGAAAAACUAAGACCAGGAAUGGAUAAGUUCUUUCACAGAUUGACCCCAGAAAAACCUGUUGUUAGAAAUAACUAUUUUAUUCAGCUUGAUGACGACCUAGGUUGGUCCUUUUCAAUUGGUGAUGAAUCUGGUGAAGCCGUUGGUUGGUAUACCGCUAAAGAAGCUAAAGACGUUAAAGAUAUAUACUUUAGAAGUGAAAGACAAUCCCUUAGAAGACUACCCAAAUCUGGUGCCAUUGUUUUUACAGUUAGAACUUACUUCUUACCUAUCACUCAAAUGGGUAACGAGCCUUAUGUCCCAAGAAGAUUAUUAGAUGGUAUCAAUAGUUGGACUGAAGACGUUCAAGCCUACAGAGGAUUUGAAAAAUUCAAAGAUGUUUUAUUGCCAUAUCUUGAAAAGAAAGCCAAAGAACAAGAAGAAAUGGGUUAUACUCCUGAUAAAGAGCCAGUUACAUACCCAUUUUAA